AUGGCAAAAGCUAAGGAAGAAUAUGGACGGGGUGCUAGCCUGGAGGAUGAACUCAGCUGUCCCAUCUGCUUGGGCAUUUUCAGCAACCCCGUGUCCCUGAGCUGUGGUCACAGCUUCUGCAAGCAGUGCAUCCAGAAGGCGCUCGGUGUCCAGCAGCAAUCCAAGAUCCCUUACUCCUGCCCGCUGUGCAAGCUGUAUCUGGGGCCUGUCCUGGAGCUGCAGAAGAAUUUUCAGCUGUGCAGCAUUGUGGAGACAUUCCAGGCCACCACUUCCAAAGAACAACACGGCAAGGGCUCUGCAGAGGAGAAGGAUGUGCUUCUCUGUGACUUCUGCCUGGGUUUGCCCCAGCCAGCAGUGAAAACCUGCCUGACCUGUGAUGCGUCUUUGUGCCAGGGCCAUCUGGACAAACACAACACCAAAGCUUCCCACAUCCUGGUGGAGGUGGGUGCAGGUGCAGCAGAGGAGAGGAGAUGCCUGGAGCAUGGCAGGCUGCUGGAGUGCUACUGCCAGGACGAGGAGCAGUGCAUCUGCAUGCUCUGCUCCAUCGCGGGGUGCCACAGGGGCCACAGCAUCAUCACCCUGAAGGAGGCACAUGACAAACAGCUGAAUUUCAGUACCCGUGGGAAGGACGUGCUGGUAGUGCAGCUGGAUCAGACCAGGAUCAACCACUACCUGCUCCUGACCAGUAACUGCACAAGUGGCCUGGACUCGGUGCUGCAGAAGCUGCAGAGUGAGUGA